UUGGAAGCUGCAGGACAGAGAAGUGCACCGCUAUGUGCUUUGAAAAACAUCAGUCAAUCCAAUCAGUAGGGCAAAAAGUUUAGUCUUAUUUUGCACGUUAAGAUUAUUGAAUAGUAUCUGUCAACUAGCCAACAGCUUAGGUUUUAUCAGAAGAGGAGGAAGGAUGGGAAAGCCCAUGUAGUGAAGAGACCAUUCCCUCCUGGGACUAGAGCAGCAGGAAGCAGGAGAAGGUUCACACAGCAGAGGGAUGUGCCCUGCCAGCUCCCCUGUCAAGAAACCCCCAGAUGGCCGGUAGUGUGUCUGCGGUGAGCAUGCUGUGAGCCCCCUAGCCUCUCUGUGUUUCUGGGGAUGCCAUUAAGGGUAGCAUGAGAGCCCAGCCCUUCUCCAGAUUCAAAGUGGUGUGGUCAUUUUCGUAAGGGAAGUCAGCUGUGGCAGAGCUGGCCAUGUCACGGGUCCCCACGCCCCCUCCCCCGGGGGAGAUGACCGCAGGACCUGUGGCAGAGAGCUGGUGCUACACACAGGUGAAGGUGGUGAAGUUCUCCUACAUGUGGACCAUCAACAACUUCAGCUUCUGCCGAGAGGAGAUGGGCGAGGUGCUUAAGAGCUCCACCUUCUCCUCAGGCCCCAAUGACAAGAUGAAAUGGUGUUUGCGUGUGAACCCUAAAGGGCUGGAUGAAGAGAGCAAAGACUACCUUUCACUGUAUCUACUGCUGGUCAGCUGCCCCAAAAGUGAAGUCAGGGCCAAGUUCAAGUUCUCCUUACUGAAUGCCAAACGAGAAGAGACUAAAGCCAUGGAAAGCCAAAGAGCAUACCGCUUUGUCCAAGGCAAGGACUGGGGUUUCAAGAAAUUCAUCAGGAGGGACUUCCUCCUGGACGAAACCAAUGGUCUCCUCCCGGACGACAAGCUCACCCUUUUCUGUGAGGUGAGUGUGGUACAGGACUCGGUCAACAUCUCGGGCCAGUCCAACAUGAACGUGCUGAAGGUUCCGGAAUGCCAGCUGUCAGAUGACCUGGGCAGCCUUUGGGAGGGCUCAAGGUUCACCGACUGCAGCCUCUUCGUGGGGGGACAAGAAUUUAAAGCACACAAAUCUAUCCUGGCCGCAAGGUCACCAGUAUUCAACGCCAUGUUUGAACACAAGAUGGAAGAAAGCAAAAAGAACCGUGUGGACAUUAGUGACGUGGAGCCUGUCGUCUUCAAAGAGAUGAUGGGCUUCAUUUAUACAGGGAAGGCCCCCAACCUGGAGAAGAUGGCCGACAACCUUCUGGCUGCAGCAGACAAGUAUGCUCUGGAGCGACUGAAGGUCAUGUGCGAGGAGGCGCUGUGUAACAGCCUCUCGGUGGAGAACGUGGCCGACAUCCUCAUCCUGGCUGACCUGCACAGUGCUGAGCAGCUCAAAGCACAAGCCAUAGACUUCAUCAACAGAUGUAGUGUGUUAAGGCAGCUAGGUUGUAAAGAUGGGAAGAACUGGAACAACAGUCACGCUGCUGACAUCAUGGAGACUGCGGGCUGGAAGGCAAUGAUCCAGUCGCAUCCCCACCUGGUUGCCGAGGCGUUCCGCGCACUGGCGUCCGCCCAGUGUCCCCCGUUUGGUCUCCCUCGGAAACGACUAAAACAGUCCUGACCCCCACUGCCCCCCACAGACUGCCAAAAGACACGAGAACCCUUCCCUUUCCCCACACUCUGUUCUCUCCCACCUUUCCACACCACACACACUCACACCUCUACCCCCGAUGUUAGAGACCAGGUGGGGCAGGUGGACAGUCCCACAAUGCACUCCUCUCAGCCAGAAAGGGGAAGGACAACAUGGCCGCCUCUGCGUCAGCUCAGCUCCCUGGCUCAGGAAAAUGACAUCAUGGAGCCUCAACUCCACAGGUCAUUUCUAACAUGGCCUUAACUGACCCCCAAACCCUUCCCUCUCACACACACGCACACACACACGCACGCGUCUGCACACCCCCAUCCCUGCCCAUUGUUUCUGUGUGUGACCCCGUGCCUGCCAAGGCUGACCCCAGGCCUCUCCAGAUUGCACUAGUCUCCCACAAUGCAGUAGUUGAAAAUAUGGUGUGGCGCUUUUGUGGACCUUGUCGCACAUCAAGUAAUGGGAGUGAAGGGGGCCCCUGUCGCCCAUCCUAGCUGUUGACCCCCCCUCCCCCUCCCAGACGUGACGGAACAGGAACAGGAGCGUGACGGCGUUGUGUUGCGAGAUGAGGCUCUCUGUUGCACUGGACCAGUCUGAGGUUGGCGAUGCUGCUCAUAUUGAAUACAAACUGUUCAAAACUUCCUCAGCGGUGGCCAUAAAAGAUGACACUGAGGACCCGCAUUACAUAUUUGGUUAAAAAAAUGUGAUGUAUUAAAAGUGUAUGUAAUUAUGGAUAUUACACAUGAAAAAACUGAGAUGUCUGUAUUUUGCACCUCCUUAACUAUUGGGUAAAUAUGAAGAUUUGUUUACCGACUUCUUUUGUUUUACGUUUUUUUUUUUUGUGUGUGUUUCUUCAUGUUGCAUUCUUUCUGAACUUGGUCUUUUUAUUUCCGUUGGAUUCUGCUUUGCUUAGUUGAUCAAACGACUGAGUUCUUUGUCUUCUGAAAAAGCUGUAUUGUGGUUUAUGAAUUAUUAUGAAUUAUGAUUUCAUGCUUUGAAAUUAAAAUGCAGAAAAAACAUG